AUGCCAUCCAGCUUCCCUCAUCCAUCUCACGUACCCGAUCAUCCCCACAUCAAUUUGCCGAGGCUGGGUGAGACACGGUGCUACUGGACGCUCCUCACCUCCGACUUGACCUUCCUCUACCUUGAUCCUGUCCUCGCAAGCCACCUCGGCGAGCAAGCUGACUUGCUUAUAGGCAAGCCGCUCUUAGCCUACGUCCACCCCGAUGAACAGGCGUCCGCAAAGGUAGAUCUCGGAGCUGUGCUGGAGAGUCGGACUUUGCACGGCAGCGUCACUCGCGUCCGCUACUCUCGAUUGUCGCGCGUCCGUCGGCAGUUGGGAUACAAUGGUCCCCCUUCGGAGUGGAUAGACGCUGAUAAGAUCGCCGUCGACUCAAACUACAUGGCGGUCGACAUCGUCAUCAACUACGCGGCCGACGGCUUGGUGCUCUGCUUCAUCCACGCUGUUGUCGACCUCACGCCACGAGACAAUGACGAACACAACAAGACGUGCUGGACAAACUGGUGUGGCACAGCCAGUAUGGGCAUGGAGCAGGCUCAGCUCCUAUAUGGCCGCCUACAGCAGGCUUUGCCCCCUCCGCCUACCAUGUCUCGCGUGUUCCAAAUUCUUCUGAACCAGCCUAACAGGCCGUUGUGUCUCAGUUGGCCCCAGGAGCGCCCCGGUGAGCCGACUUCAAAGGACUUUGCGCGGCUCGCCGAGGACAUCCAAAUCACUAGCACCGGCACUGACGCCCGAACAAGCUGCACACGGAGGUACAAGGCAUGCCAAGUCAUGGAGUUCUCCAUGGGUGACAAGCGGGAGGUGGAGAGUAUAUUUAUUCCUCAUGGCGCCAUUAUCUUCGCAUGUCACAAAAUCACCCCGUACCCCCGUUCUAACGUCGGCGGCGGAAGUGGAAUGCCACAACUCGGAUAUCAUUCGGGCAACUACGCAUCCCAAGGAAACGCUCAGCAGUACUACGACUCGCCUCAAAACCACCCUCAGAACCCCCACAAUCCUCACAUCUCCUCCCUCCACUCAUACACCUACAGUCCUCAGCCUCAACCACCGAUGUCGUCGUCCUACCCACCGAAUGCUUGGGUCAACAUGGAGUCGUCGGGUUCCCCGAACCCGUACGCUCAUUGGGCCCCUAGUUCUCUUCCGAAUGGGGCCCCUAUCAGCAGCAUGCGCACAUCUUCCUAUUCUGCACCUCCGCCACCUCCGGCGCCGCAGCACCAGUGGUCACCACACCAACCUACGUACUUGGACACCGAGUCUCCGGUCUCUCCGGACGACCCUUCUCUCCCGAGUCCUGGAGGGAUGUAUCACGCUUCCGGCCCUCUGGACCAGGAAGAGCAGGCCCCGCCGUCGCCACUCAACGACUUGGUUCCCGCUCCUAGGUCCGGACGACGGAACAACAGGGAGCAAUACGGGAACGGCGGACGUACAGCGGGCAACCCUCCCGUGGGAGUCGUGAAGUGCGCGAGCUGUAAGGCGACUCAUAGCCCAGAAUGGCGAAAAGGUCCAAGCGGGAAAAAGGACCUGUGCAAUGCCUGUGGGCUGCGCUUUGCGCGGUCGCGUGCUAAAAAGGAAGGAGGCAGCCAGCGUCGCCGCAAGGACCGCGCGAUGAGCACGUUGUCCACGUCCACGAAGCCAGACCCGUCGCCCUCUGCGUCUCCCGUGAGCGCGUCGUACCCGAGCAUGCGGCGAGGAAGCUUCUUCGAAGAAGGUUCCUUCCUCUCUACAUCAUCUGCAGGCUCAGGGUCCGGGAACGACAGCUUCUCGCAUGGCCCACCCUUCGACGGCAUGACUCCGUCGCCCUCGCCCCCGUCUGGCGGCAUGCACUACGUGCCCGGGCACUCUAUGGGCUACAACCCAUCUCCGAUGCCAGUCGACAGACACGGCUUCGGCGGCCACCCGAACCCGAACCAGUACUACUCCCUUCCGCCUCCGCAAUCUGGCUUCCCGCAGCAGCCAGCCGCCCAUCACCUGCCCUCGAACGGCCACCACCCCCUGCCUCCCGCGCGCCUGGAGCCGGUCAUGCCAUACUCCAACAGGCUCUCUCCGCUCAUGUCCCCUGCGUCGCCUGUCUCGAACUCGCCGCUCAGCGCCGGGCUGUCUGCCGCGUCGUACGAACGGGACAAGCGGUACGAGAGGGAGGCGGACCACUUCGCGAUGGGGCAGCCUCCGCUCGGACCUGAGCACUCGUACCGCAUGGGAAAGCAGACGGGGUAUAUGGCGCGUGAGUCCGGACCGUAUUGAGCUGCGGGUUCCCUUAAAAUCUGUCGCGACACCCCCGGCCGUCACCUAACGUCUGCUUAUUAUUCUCUACCCUACUCCUUCGUUUCCAUAUUCCCGCAACGUCAGGUAAAGUUUGUUAUUGUAACGAUCCCGUUCCGUAUUCGAUUCUCGGAUCGGUGUAUUCUUGUUGUUGUUCGGUACUUCUACCGCCGACCCCCAAGUGUAGCGCUCGCAUGUACGGAGGGGCGUGCGGUUUGACCUUCGCCCUUUGACGAUAUUUAUCCUCUGUAUUCGAACCCCCUAUUGUCGUCUACGCAGAUUGCACUCAGCCACGACACGACCCGCACGCCGCAUCCCCAGGAACCAUACAUAUCGCUAUAGUUCUCAUGCCCUGAUCGUGUAUUUGUAAUAAUUCUCGCCCAGAAUGGUAGAUGUUUGUCUCUGGCUAUUCGCCCGUGUGUACGCCCGUCCGUUUGGCUCAAGCGUCCCAGAGCGAAAGCUCAGCGAGACGAGAAGCUUUUGUCAGGAUGCGAACUCUUCGCGGGCGCAGAACCGGGAGGGUACGCGUUCUCUUCGCGUCCUUUGCCUCGCCGUCGCACUAAACGAGGCCUGUGCGGAGCGGGAUGGGGGAUCGAG